GUUUUCCCGGAACUGCUGAGCUAUCCAAAACGACCCGUUUGGUCGUUUGAGAGAGUGAGAAUACAUUCGCCUCGCCGCUCCUCCUCUGCAUCACUGAUUUACUCUUGAGUCAAUCUCUCUUUCCCUCCCUCUCGUUUUCAGGAACAAGGAUAGAUGGAGCUGGGGAAGCUUCUGAAUUUCAAAGCGUAGCAGAUACUGCUUUUAAGAAUAAGCAUUGGGGUUGGCCUUGUUGGCAGUGAUACUUUAGAUGGCACAUUCUUCAGGUUUGAUCUCUUCCGGCCUCCUGACAAUUGGCUUGAGUCCUCAAACCCAAGUUUCACGUGGGAAAUAUGGAACUUUUCCCUUGAGAUCCUCACCCGGGCUUCUUCGUAUCCAAGCUGUGCAAGAGAAUGGAGGGCCUCGAAGACUAGUUGACAUUAUCAGACUUGUACCAGAGAUUUCAAGGAACUAUUUUCGAAGUCCUUCUCGAAGGGCUCUUUUUGGGGGAAUCUCUUUGUUGGGUGGCUUUUAUGUUGCACAGACGAUCUCUUUGUCUUUUGGAGCUUUAGGAGUGAAUGAUGUGAUUGCUGCAGUUGUAUGUGUUCUCCUGACAGAGUAUGUCACAAAAUUUUAUUACAGCCAGCCGAAGGUGACAUUCCCCCUUGCUCUUCUCAACAAUUUUAAGAUGGGUUUUACUUAUGGUCUAUUCAUCGAUGCUUUUAAGCUUGCCAGUUGACAAUACCUCAUAAAGCACUUGUAAUUAGUUGUCUUGUAAAUUCUCUAGUUACAUGUUCAUAUUUUCUUUUUGGAGUUACAUGUUCAUGUUGUUAUAUAUGAUAAAAUACAUUUUCACAUUUGAUCUUAUCAUAUUCUUAAUUCAUCGCCGACCAUUUUUUUUGUCUGUUGACUUUACUUUUUCCUAAAAUCAGGACCAUAUCACCCUCUGCUAGUAUGUUGUCUGCCUUGGUUGUUAUCUUUUGGUGGUCAAGUACGGACUACCUAAACAAUAGCAUAUUUUUACACGAACUAUGGUAGCCAAUAUGAC